AUGUUCCAGUUAUGCAUCUUUUGUUCCAUUGGUGCUGUAUCUGCCAAUUGGAUUAGCUUUGGGAGUCUUGAGAUUUUUCAUCUUCCUUCAUGCUUGUCUGCUGUCUUAUCUUUUGCCAAAUGGAUUUCCUUUCAAAAGGCUGAUGUUAAGAGUUAUGUUGGCAGUCACAGGUCUUCCUAUAUCAACUCAAGGGGUUCCUUCUAAUGACUGCAAGAAAAAAGUAGUGAUUGCCAACCACGUUUCAAAUCUGGAUCCGUUCAUACUAGCUUUACUUAAUCCCCUAAUUUUGACCCUGGAAGCACCGUCCCCUCAGCUAGCAUCUGCUAAAGGAAAGUUGACCACGUAUGACAUUCCUGGAGACAGAGAUCACAGUGAUACCAUAAAUGUGGUCAAGAAUAAAAUGACAGAAUGUGAGGAGCCACUUUUAUUUUUUCCUGAGCGGUUAAAAACGAAUGGAAGGAGCGGUAUACUGAAGUUCAGCAUGCUGCCAUUUGAGUUGGACUGCCCGAUUCAGCCUGUUACCAUUCAAGCAUAUCGCUAUCUUUUUGAUAUUCGUGUGUCUACCCACUCUAGUACGCUUUUUGAAGAUAUUGCCUGGUGUUUCCUGACGCCAUUAACUUUAUUCAAGAUCAGAUAUUUGCCAGUUACAGAGAAGAAGAGGGAUGAGAGCAAAGAGGAGUUUGUUGUGAGAGUGCAGCAGAACAUGGCAAAGAGCAUGGGCUUGUCUGCAUCCCAGUUCACUCACCAUGACGUUAUUGAACAUAUAAAGUCUGUCACUACAAAAGAAAGAGUCCCCCCUCCAAGAAUUGAGCCUCAAAAAAGUCCUGAACUGACGAUGACAGCAUCUCCUCAGCCUCCGCAGCCAACACUGACCUCAUCAGAUGCUGAGCUCACCAAGAUGGUUAAGCAAGUGAAAGAUGUUCUUCCAGAUAUCCCGUCCCAGUGCAUACUGUCUGAUCUCAGGAAAACCAAGGACGUUGAUGCAACUAUUGCUAAUAUUUUGGAUGGCAGAAUAGAUCCUUCUCAGUGGAAAGAUACUCCUGAAAAGCCAAUGAUUUCUUUGUCACAGGGCCUGUCCUUCAAAGCCAGCAAUUUUGAAAACAAUGCCAGAGCAAGGCAGAUGUCAUUUCAGGAGAGGAAGCAAGCCAUGUUGGAAGCAGCAAGGCUCAAAUACCGGACCAAGCAUGGUCUCUAGUGUGUUCAUUUCGCUCACGGAAAGACUGCUACUCACUUCUGCCUUCAGUACAACCUUGCAAACCUGACAAGUUUUGAACCUCUGCCAUUUCAUAUAUCUUGCUGCCAUUUUUGUCUGUUUACUUUUCUUUUCCACCUUUUGUCGUUAAAUCUUUUUUUUUUUUAACUAUUGCUUCUAACUAAUUUAAUAAAUUACAGUGUAGGAAACUAAUAGCAAGCUUGCAUAAUAGGUCAGAGACUCUUCUUGUAGGCUACUAUCACUACUCUGUGGAGUUUUGUUUCAUUUUUCUCUGUUUGUUUACAAUUGAACACAGAUUAUUAUACCUUAUGAAGGACUUUAUCAGUUUGUUUGAGUUUACUGCAAUUUGAGUUGUAUGUGUUGCAUUGUUGCAACAUUAAUAAUGACAAUUAAAAUAUUUGGUAUUCUUCUACAAGUAGUUCUCAGUAGUUGAAUUGAUAUGAUUCCUCCUGAGUAGGGAUAAUUUUUAUAGAGCAUUUUUGUCUUUCUGCUGGAUGUUGCAUCCCUCUCUUGUGGGGUUGGCCCUGACAGGCAAGGUCAAAGCUGGCCUCCUGGAUUAUCUAAAUUGUGUUGAUGGAGGGGGGCUCAGAAAAAAAAAAAGACAGAAGCAUAAGCUAGAGCAAGACCAGUCUCUUGGCUUGAAUGACAUGAAGUACACCAUGUGACCUGGCUGCCUACCCCUGUCCUUGUAUUCCACUUGGUUCUCUUUUUCUUUCAACCACAUCGCAUACCCCCUACAUGAUAGAGGACAAUGCUGUGCACGUCAUCUACAUAUCCCUCACUACCUCUGCAAUCUUUUUUUUCCUGCCCUUCAGAGACCUUGUUUCAUCACUAGUCUUCAGUCAGAGUUACUAAUUAGUUUCUCUUGUAAGCCUGAUCAAUGAGUUAGGAAAAAGUGAGUCAUACCAAAAAAUCACAGCCAGUGUACUUGCUUUGUUUCAUUGUUUUCAGACCAGCACAAAAUGUUCGAGUUCUCUAUGUUUGGAAAUGAGUUUUGCAUGGCUUUAAUACAAAGAAUAAAUGGAAAUAGAAUCAGGACUGAGAUCUGAGUUUGAGCAAAUUGUGUUUUUGAAUUAUGCUUUUUCCGAGUUUGGUGUGCACCACUGUAGGCCCUACUAGUCUGUCAACACUUUUGUAGACUGACAUGUAAAACAAAGAAAGAGUUGAAUGUCCUCUGGUUUUGAAUUCUUGUGUCUCGUUUCUAGCUUUGUACUGUGUCCAGAUAUAUGAAGUGCAAGUAAGCUUGAGUGAAGUAUAGCUGUGUUUGUUUCUGUUUAGAAUUUGGCAUUGUUACCAAUGAUAUCUCACUUUGGAAUUGUCAUCAUCCAAAUGGAGCUCUGAACUUUCGAGACAUCUGCUUGCCCUUUGUCUGCUUUGAGCUUUGAAUGUUUUUAGUUAAAAUACAAAAAUAAUUUGUGACGGAGGUUUCACUUACAAACAAGUCAGUUUUCUAUGGUCCUCUGUAUGUGGUGAGGGCAUAAUGAUAUUAUCUUGUUUUCAUGGAAAUCGGAAACAUGCAGCUUUGCAACAUAAUUCGACCUCUUUGAAUGGUUUUAUAUUAGAUUUAUAUAUUUUUUAUGCCUUAAAAAAGUUUUCUUAAGUACCACCAGUGAAAUUAUUUGAGAUACCAACAUUUUAACUUUUUUUCUGCAUUCACGUCUCCAAUAUAACAAAAUAAACCUUUUGAUGGUGGUGGGAACAUUGCCCAGAUUGAGCUAUAUUGAGCUGUAAGUUUUUGGUGUUGAUAUAUGAACUACAUGUAUGAUUUGUAUAGUUCCUCAAAUGUUGUUUGUUGCAAGGUUUUAGUAUUAUCUCAACAUUUCACCAUGUAACCUGUAUUUACUCUGAGGAAACUUACUUAUGUGUUGGUCAGCAGUAGGUCUAUGUAUUUCAGGAAAGCUAUUUUUAUGAGGUUUUGCACAUGUGUAAAGCACAACAGUUUUAUUUCAAUGGCUCUUGCACCAUAGAAAUCAUAACAUGAUUUUCGAGGAAGAUGUUCAUAGAGGAAAGUAGGCCUACACAAAAGCUGAGGAUCUUCCUUAUUUUUAUUUAAGAUUUCUGAAUACCUUUGUUGCUAUAAUUUGUGGUUGUGUGGAAAGGCGAUUUGAGUGUUGACAAACGUGUAUAAAGAAAAGCAUCGGGAUCCUUUGCCCUCUCAGAAAAGGCUUUGCUUGUAUCUAAGUGAUCAACCUGUGAUUUCUUCGCCGAGGGAAGUCAACAAUCAUGUUUUUAUCCUUGAGUCUGUGAGCAGGAAGUGCUGAUCAUCAGGGAUAGGACUUUGCCAAACCAAAAACCUACUUGAUGACUACAAGGGAAAAAAGGGACUGUCUUAGUUUGGUAAUUUUGGAAAUCUCAUAUCGAACAGAAAAAGGCAAAAUUGUCUCUCUGCAUUCUCUUUACAUGGACCUUAAAUUUUUCUUCAUUUAAAAUAUCAUUUUCUACUGUUGUGUCAUGAGGCCCCUGUGGGAUAUAACUCAAAGUAGAAUAGAGUCAGGUAAUUUCGCCCCUUUCAAGCUUGUCUGACGGAUAACGUCAUGUUCUCUCAGCUAUCGCGACUGCUGUGCCUCAGUACUUGCUGGCUGCUAAAUUAAGCGACCUAAGAUGUUAAUUGAAACAUGAUUGGUUGGAUUUUGUUUCUCGUUUUUAAAAAUCCUUUUUAUUGUCGGGAAAAUUCGCCACCGUGUUCGCGGAAAUUCGCCAGUAGUUUUUUUCUCUUCAUGUUUCAUUCCCUUUUGUUUUGUUGUUGGUUUUUUGUUUCGUUUUUUGUUGUUGUUUCUGUUGUUUUUAUUUUCCAACUUUUAAUUUCAGAUAACAAGCAAAAAUAAAACAUAUUUUCACACAUAACAAUGGAAAAUAUUGCCAAUAUUGCAAUAUAAGGGCCCAUAAAUAUAACACUACGGUAACAUUAACAUUGUUACAACUUUGCUUAGGCUUGUAAGAAAGACUUAAGAUUAUUUAUAUCAUACAUUCAUUCAUCAAUGAUAUUGUCAUUGACGACAUCUAGAUCUAUUUCUUGGCUUUUUUCUGUUCUCUCUCCAAUUUCCUUUGCUUCGUCUUCUCCCUUCUCUCCUGCUUUACAGCCUCCUCUCUCUCUUUCUUUUUGUCAGAACCUUUUUCUAGUCAAUUAAUUCUUUGCUUGUGAGCAAUCCAUGGGACUUGAUUGCUCGAGACCGCUUUGGUGCUGGAGCUGUGGCUGGAAUAACAUCAAAAUAAAAAACUGUGCUUAAUUCAAUGUUCCAGUUCGCUGAUUGUUCUUGUAGAUCUACAGGUGGUAAAGAUGCUGGACCUGGAACAACUGUGGGGGCUUGGGCUUUCUCUAUCUCCCAGGGUGCAGGGUGAACAAUCCAUGGGGUUUGACCUGACGUAGGGACUUCUGCUGUCUCCCAGGGAGCAGGGUGAACAGUCCAGGAGGAAACUGUUUCUUUAAAGGGGAGUGCUGGAAGUUGUUGGUCUGUCAUGUCCAGGAGUUCUAUGACAUCCACUGGCUGCUCCAUGCUGGCAUCUGUCGGGUCAAUGCUCAGCCCAUGAAGAACCUUGCUGUCAAACGAGACUUCAUGUUGGACUCCAGCUGCGUCAGGGUCAGUGAUGGUGGCACUCUCUUCCCUGUCCUCAGCAGGUUCGAUCUGUGCAAUGCCCCUCAGAGCGUCUGAUGGAGCAAAGACUGACUCUGGGAUCCUGUGUCUGUUAAGAGGGAAGAUCCCAGUGGCCUGGAAUGUUGUUGCCAGUAGGUCUGGCCUCAUCGUGGUAUUCCAUGUGUUUCUCGACAGCCUUUGCCACAUCACCUUGUUGAUUGUGGAGCUGGGCUCUGAUGCCAAAAACUCUGUGCAGUUCCUUGUGUAGGCGGUCUUAAACGGUUUGAACACCACCUUGUCCAGAGGCUGUAGCACAUGGGUGGUGUGAGGAGGCAGGGCAAGAAUAUGCACAUCCUUUUUCUGUGCCAGCUCAAGCAUUUCCAGGACCUUGUGGCUAUGGUGGGAAUCAAGGAUCAGCAGCUGGGGUCUUGCCUCUCCACAGUUGGGUAGGAACACUUUCUGGAACCACUGCACACUGAUGUCGUCGUCCAUCCAGGCGUUCGCUUGGUAUGUCCAUACUGUUCCUUCAAGUCCAUCCUGGGUUGCGAAGGACUGGGCCGAUCUCACCGUUUUUCCCUUGACGACACAAAGGGGAGGCAUGGCUUGGCCAGCUGCGUUAAUACAGACCAGGGUGGUGACGCUCUCCUUUGAUGGGCUGCAUCUUGCUAUUACGUUUCGGGCCCCUUUCUGCUGAAGGACUCUUGAGCAGUCUGGCAAAAACUUCAGGCCAGUUUCGUCGCAGUUCCAAAUCUUUUUUGGUUUCUCCAGCAGCUGCAACUUAUGCAUGAUGGUUUCAAGAUAAUUAAAAUAACCAUUAAUUACUGGUCGAGUAGUCAUGGUCAGCCUGUUAGAGGCACAGUUUUGAGGAGUCCUGAUCAAAGGUCAGGACGCCUCUUCCUAAGGUCAGACCAGUAGUCUUUCCCGAGUAUCCCAUUUUUUAAUUGUGUUUUCAGCCUCAAUCUUUUCACGGCCCACCCUACUUUUAAUAAAACCUUUUUUUGUCAAGGGGAAGCCAGACUUGGAAGCCUUUAUCACCCUAUCUACAUUUGCAUUUUCAAUCUCCUCUGGGAUGUUUCUUUCCCUCCCCGCCCUCCUAUUUAUGUUAGAUCUCCCCGAAACAUGAUCAGCCAGUGUCUUCCGAGGGACACCGAACCACAGAACACCAAUACUAGCAAAAGGGACAAGCCCUCUUAUCGUGAUGGAAAAACGGGUUCUGGUUGGCUCAGACGGCCGCCAUCUUCUUAAUGCUGAGAUCAGCUGGGCUUUUUUUUUUGUGGCAAGCCCAUAGAGUUAUCUCCUUUUAAACUUUAGUGUACAUCUAUGGGCGAGCCGCACACACGCAGUGCACAGUUUGGUCUCACGGUAUGCCCAGUCUGUUUAUGUUUAUGACAUGACAGACUGAUUACGUAGGCCGACUGUGUGAACAAAAGGAGAGGCUAAAGCAGCACCCAAACACAGAUGGCUGGUGCCUCUAUAAAUGAAUUAUUAAUGGUUAUGGUUUAUGGCAAAAGGAAGUCCGUUUACUGAGAAGACAGGAUGGGCAGAAAACUAUUGCGUGACACUCGUACCUAGAUCUAGAAGAAGUUUCUUCUUUGAAAGGCUCUUCAUAGCCGUUGGGCUGUUAUUUUCACCCAGUAGUUACUGCUUCAGAAACUUUGACCUGUCAACUGUCACUUUGUAAUGUGUGCACUGAGACUGAGGGGGAGAGUGCGUUCAUGUGUGUGUGUGUGUCAUACACUAUUUAUACCAUUAGUUUUUAUCUUUGUCAUGUAUUGGGGCUCUCGUGGUCUAGGCAUUCGGCGUCACAAUCCUUUCGUUAAAAAGGUCGCGGGUUCAAAUCAGGACAGGGACACAAAAUUUUCUUCUCUAACCAGCUCGUCACAAUGAUGAUUGUAUGUCAGGGCUUUGGUCACAGUCAUUCCAUCCAAGGAAAGUGUCACUCUUUUCUCAUGUUUCCCCAGUGCUAAUGUUCUCAAUUGCAUCAUUUCCAACAGACUUUGACACAAACCGACCCCAGUCAGCACAGUCGAAAAUCCUGAGUGUUCUUGGGUGCGGGAGCUGAAACCCAAAGGAGCGGAGAAUAACGUAUGCUGAAGUGCUUCUAAAGUACACAGCGAGACACAACUCCAUAGCCUUUUUCUCUGUGUCCCAGUUGAUCCACUUUUUCACCCCCAUCAGGAUCUGAAAUAAAGCUGUUGGAACAAGUGGUAGGUCUUUUAGAAAAUUUUCCAGGAUUGCUUCUUUCCUCACAUGAUGAGAUGCUACUUAUUUGGCAUGGCGUUCCUCAACUCUGACCUUGGCUGCUUGUGCAGUUUUGCACUUCCUUUCAAGCUGCUUGUGCAGUUUUGCACUUCCUUUCAAGCUGCUUGUCUUUUUUCUUGAGGUUAUUCAAAGCAAGUUUGGUGUGCUCCAGCUCACGGGCCAACUUCUCAGGAUCUGGUUUGGAUGCAUUUAUCAUGGGCCUAUUACUGUCACUGUCACCAUCACCUGCAUCGUAUGCAGAGCUAGGGGUAGAAGCUUUGUCAGUAGGCCUAUCUAAUCGUCUCCUCUUUGAACUUACUGCAGACUCUCUUAUCUUGGGCGUAGGUCGUCGACGAUCUAUGGAUGGAGGAGGAUUUGGGCAGUUGACAAUGGUAGGCACAGCAGUCGGUAGCAAUCGAGAAUGCUGAAUGUCUGUAGGGCAGUUGAAGGCUUUCUCAUGAAAAUGUGCAGAGCACACCCUCUUCGACUUGAUGUCAGCAAUCUUCUCGUCAUCUCUCCUGAUGCUGAUGAUCCACUUCUGGCACCUGAACAAAAUUAAAGUAAGGGGCCGUUCAAAUAUAAUCUUACGCCCUGGAAGGGGGGGAUCUUUGGCUGAUGUAAUAAAAGUGUAAUAAAAAAGGGGGUGUUGGGGAGAGAGAAAGAGAAUGAGAGAUAAGGGGGGAAAAGGAGAAAUGCUGCUUUUAAGGGAAAGAGUGUGUUAAGGGUGUGGGGAGUACUUUCCCAGUGUAGCUCCACUGAAGAGACACAAAGUUGUGCACAGGAUGGAGGAAAAACGGAGGUUGAUGAAGAAGAUGACGAAGACCAGAAACUAGAAUAAGAGAACUUACAAGAACCUGAAGAUGCCCUUGUUUUUUUAAAUAUUUUUAAAAUAAUGAUGAAAAACCCCUUUGUAAUAUGACGUCUAAUUUCAUUACGUUAUCAGAAUUUGUAGUAGAUGUGUUUGUAGUUCCAACCUGAAAGUUUGUAAAUCUGCAACUGAAUUUUUGUUCUUGUCUUGAGUAGAUAUUUGAAUCACAAUGUAUUUUCCUUUAUUUGUGAUUUAAAGAAGCCUUAGUUUCAUAUUGUACAGUAUUUGGUACAUUGUAUUGCUUGUACAUGGUAUUCAUCUGUUUGCACCGGUGCCUGUGGCGCAAUGGUUUGACACUUUGCCGUUGAAUGUAGAGAACGUGAGGGGGCGGAAUUUUUCUCGAGUAUCUCAGUUUUUCUGCUGGGACGUUGGCCCCGACAGGCAGGGUCGAAGACCACCUCCUAAAUGAUCUAUAUAUAGUGUCGAUUGGGGGUGAAAACUUCUACAAAAACAAAACAAAAACAUCAUCUGUUUGUAAAAGGAUAAAACUAUUUACCACCCGGUAAAAAUAAAUGAAAGUUACAGUGUAAUUUUAAAAAGAUAAGCACGCAUAUCUUUACAAAUAAUAUUCCAAUAAUGUAAUCUUACAAGGGGGAGGGGGGUAGAGAUUGGGAAUAAAUAUAACAGAUGAAUCUACACAAUUCCCCAACUGGCGAAAUUACCCAGCUCUACUCUAAUUCUAAAAAUGUGACUUUGCUGCUUCAUCAACCCCGAGUUUUUGUGUUAAGUGCACGCUGGAGAUAUAUUAGCCCUUACCGUGGCAGUUGCAAUAUAUACGUACUUCUGUUGCUUUGUAGUUGUGAUUUGUAAAUUUAAAAAAAA